AUGUCUGGCCCCGAUGGCUCCGGUCCACCUUCUGUGCACUCGGUGCGAUCGUUCACCAGAAUGGAGAGUUCGGACGUGAACAGGACCAAGGCGUCCACCGAACCGGUCGACGCCAACGCGGGCCCGUUGUCAAGGUCUACCAACAAUGAGGGGCAAGAUGCCGGUCCCGAUGUGUUCGAGCGACGCGGAUCUGCGGAUUCUGGCGCUGCAACGGAUGGACAGGGAGAGGAAGGCUUUGUGCUCUCGCGGAGCUUGCAGGAUCCCUCGGAAGAGCUUCCAAUCGAGCUGAUCAGCUUGACCGAUCGGUUUGUCAACUCGCUGAGCGCCAAAGUACACAACUCGCCUCCUACCAUCGAAAAAAUCUCUGAGCUCUUCCAAGUCUUCUACAGCCGUGCCGAGUCUCACAUCGCCACGCACAUCUCCGCGCUUGCAUCUCGCAUCAACCGUGAUUCGUCCCCUCAGGUUCCGGCACGGACUUUGCGGGGAAGUGGUCUAUCAAAACUGAGCAACAAGCGGUCUCAAGACAAUGUCGAACAAGGUGCUUCGGGUCGCCAAAUGCUCACUGCGUCAGAGGUGGCAGAGAGACGAAAAGCCCGCAAGGCUCUUGAAUACAAAAGAGGCGCUCUAGAAGAGGCUGCCGAGCGAAGAGUAUGCGAGCUCGUCUACGACAAGAUUUGGAGGCACAGGAGCACGUUGGAUGAUGUGCGAGAUGAGAAGUUACGUUCAAAGACAGCAGCUUUAUUGCUGGUGGAGAUAAAUUUAAAAGACCUCGGCAUCGACAUCGACAUGUCUUCAAUCGACGAAGGAAAACAGAACGAGGCGAACGAGUAUUUGGCUCAGGCUCGAGAAUAUCUCACGAAAAUGAACGAACAGAAAUAUCCAUUGGGAAAGCUUCAACAACUAGCGGCCGCGCACAAAGCCAUCGUGGAUGCCCUCACCAAGCUUCUUCCCUCCUCAUCUUCUGCAGACGAGAUCCUGCCCACCUUGAUCUAUUCACUUAUCACUUGCCCACCCGAGGGAAUCAAUAUCAUCAGCAACCUGCUCUUUAUUCAGCGGUUUAGGUCUUCCAACAAAAUCGAUGGCGAGACGGCGUACUGUUUGACCAACCUCGAGGCUGCCAUUUGCUUUUUGGAAAAUGUCGACCUAUCCAGCCUGCGUGCCGACGUAGUACCAGAGGGUGCUCUCAAGACCCCGAGUGAGACUACACCAUCCUCCGAACGAGUCGAUCCCUUCCGUCCAACGAAGGAGUCUGCAACCUCGUCUGUAACAACAUUGUCCGCUUCGCCCGAGCUCUCGAAGCCCAACAACAAGGAAAUCCCUUCGACAUUACCCAGGCCACAGCCCCCUGCUGCAUCACACCAGCGACGCAUUAGCAACCUUUUCCAACCACCUGCCAAGGUCCUUGGAGCUGCCAAUGACGCCGUGCGCAACACCGCCGAUCAGAGUUUGAAGAACAUCGGCGCGACGCUGGACAGCAGUUUCAACCUCCUUUUUGGUCGCCUCAAGGAAAUGCAGAUCAACCAAGGACCUAGUUCACAGGGAGGCGGCCCGGUGCUGCCGAAGACACUGGCUGAAGCCCGUCGUCUGGUCACGCUGCCAUCCACUUCUACCAAUAAAGACAUUGGCCAGGAUGACCUCUUAGCAAUCAACCCUUUACCUAUCGACGAUGGCCCCCAGACACACAGUAGCCCCAGCGGCGCGGGGACCCCCAUCGGAGGCGGCACGCCGCGUGAUCGAAGCGUGAGUAGCACGCGAACUCAAGAGAGCAGCAAGCGCUCGAUUGUGGCAUCAUUACGAGACGAGUCUGCCUCGACUCAAUCCCAAACGCCGCCUUCGACAGCCAGCCCGACUCCGCUGGAAUCGGUGCGAAAUUUCGGCAACACCUUCAAUCCCCUCAACCGCCUCCCUGGCAUGAUGAAGAACUUCGGUCGCAAUGCUUCAGAGGCGCCCAGCACCAGAUCCGUAUCUCCAGCAUCGCUGGACCGCAUCAGGCCGUGGCCUGCCCCUGCCCUAGCAGCAGCAGAUAACCGCAGUGGCACAAGCAGCCCGCUCCCUCCGUCUUCUUCGAAGAUCGAUCCUCCGAUCCAGCGUUUUCUGGACACGCAGGACGCGUGCGACCUUCGCAUUGGGGAUGUGGCUGCCCUCCUGGAAGAUUACAAGAGACUCGCGGCGGCACUCUCCAGGCCUACCUCGGAAUCUUGA